AAAUUAUAUUAACGAGAGCAUUACGGAAAUUGCUUAUUUGGGAACAAUGAGCAAUGUUGAUGAAAUAAAAAUCGAUCAGCCUGCUCUUAGUUUUGAAAAUUCACCCGAGAACGAUGAUGAGCACAGAAAACGGCUGGAGAUAGAAGAAUUAAUUGCUCAGAGCGACAACCAAAAUAUAUCUUUGAAUACUCUAAAAAAGUUAGCCUUGACGUCCUAUGGAUUGGUAAACGAUAAUUUGCGACGGAUUCUGUGGCCUCAGUUGGCUGGCGUUGAUGUGACUACGUUAGAGCGAGCUCCUACUCUUGAUGAAUUGCAAAACCACCCUGAAUACAACCAAGUAGUCUUGGAUGUAAAUCGGUCUCUGAAAAGAUUUCCUCCUGGAAUACCAUAUGAACAACGUAUUGCACUUCAGGACCAACUUACCGUUCUAAUACUACGGGUUAUUAAAAAGUAUCCGAAUCUGCGCUACUAUCAAGGUUAUCAUGAUGUGGCAGUUACAUUUCUCCUGGUUGCUGGAGAAGAAGUGGCGUAUGCUAUAAUGGAGCAACUGUCCACCACGCACUUCUCCGAGUGCAUGCAAGAGACAAUGGAGGCCACCCAAAGGCGGCUGAUGUUUAUCUGGCCUGUUGUAAAUUUUGAGAACCCAGAACUUUACCAGUUUCUUCAACGUUCUACGGUAGGCACUUUGUUCGCUUUACCGUGGUACUUGACCUGGUUUGGACACAGUUUAAAUUCAUACAAAGCUGUAGUCCGUCUAUACGACUACUUUCUUGCAUCACCCAUGUAUACACCAAUCUUCGUGACGGCAGCGAUUUUACUGCAUCGUUCAAAUGAAAUAUUUAAGGAGGACUGUGAUAUGGCAUCAGUGCAUUGUCUUUUAUCAAGGCUACCAGAAGAUUUGCCAUUUGAAGUUCUAUUGAAAACUUCCAGCAAGCUAUAUGAUAAGUACAGCUUGACUGUAAUAGAAAAGGAAGUUGAAAUUCUAAUUCUUAAAGAAAAAGAACAGAGGAACGUCGAAGAAAAGCUGCUUCUGGAGCGACGAAAGAAGCUUACGCGCUCUGUGUCCAAAAAUCCAAGCUACAGCUUAAGCCACUGGUUCCCAAACUUAUUGACACCAAAGUCUUUGCUAGUGACAACAGCUGUUUCUAUUGUAGUUGGAGUUUGUGCAUAUUACUACAAGAACCAGUAUCUGGCGGCGGGGAUUAGCUGAGUUUCGGAUGCUUAUUUUUUUCUAGUCCCGAGAUAUAUAGUCCGAUUUGAACCCAUUCGUCCGAAAUGGAUUUGUAUGGCUGAGGUUUCGCUUUAACGUCUUAAUGCCUUUCAAAUAAAUAGGUAAAAUUGGCUUGGCCAAGAAUUCUUAUCUUUUAAA